AUGGCGCUGGCGAGCGAUAAGCUGCAGGUGGAGGCAUUCACAACGGUGCAUGGGAAUGCGUCUGUGGAGCAGUGUACGGUGAAUACGCUGCGUAUUCUGGAGGCUGCGGGGCGCACGGACAUUCCCGUCUAUCAGGGCGUGGGCAGGACUCUGACUUAUCACAUACCGACUUACGCGCCGCAUAUUCACGGGGACGACGGAAUUGGUAACAUCGACGCGCCGCUGCCGACCAUAACGGUGCAGGAGAGGCAUGGCGUACCGGAACUCAUAGACCGCGUGCUGGCGUCGCCGGGGGAAUUGACGGUGCUGGCUAUCGGGCGGCAGACGAAUGUGGCGCUGGCACUGAGCAUUGAGCCGCGCUUCGCCGAGUGUGUGCGGGAGAUUGUGGUAAUGGGCGGGGCGCUGUUCCAGCCGGGGAAUGUGACUCCGCUUGCGACUGCGAACAUCGCGGGGGACCCAGAGGCAGCGGACGCGGUGUAUCGCUCGGGGGCACGAGUUACGCAGGUAGGGCUGGAUGUGUGCAAUCAUGUCGAGGUUUCGGGGGCACAGCAGCAGCGCGUA